AUGGCUUCGUCUCUUGCGGUACCCACGCCCUCACCUUUUCGUGAGUCGGCCAGCGGCAACCCCAACGCGAGGAGGGAAGCCGAGUGGGAUAGCGUCGGGAUCGUCGACGCCGGCGUCCUCGACCUCGUGGCCGAGGAACAGCUGCGACAGGAGUACGGGCAUCGCCGCCGCCCUCUAGUGCUGCGGGUGGGACAGGGGGGGGGUACGCGGGCGGCGGCGCCGGAGGCGGGGGGGGAGCGGGGGCGGCAAGGAUGCCGACGCGAGCGCUGGCGUUCGAGUCCAUUCUGA